CUAUUCUACUGUAACCACAACACAACACACACACACACACACUGAAUUCAACAGAAUUCCAGCAUUUUAUCGAGAGGAACACUGGCGUCCGCUAAAACAUGGACAGCAGCUAUACGUGGAUAUUUAUUGUCGGCGUUGUUGUAUUUUUUCUCGUCAUCAUCGUGCUACUAUGCUUUACGAAGGCGGGAGGUGACCGAUUGUUCCUUGGCGGCACAGACGACCCUGAAUGUGCUAGCGACUUUGAAGAGACGCCAGCGCUUUUAGCUACGCUUUCAGAAGAUGCGAGAUUCAGUUACGAACAAGCAAAAGUAUUUCAACAACGAUACCCUCCAGACAGUAUACCAACCGAUAUUACGCUUUCACAGUUUGUGUCAAUACAAGAAAAAGGCGUGUCAGCUUUUGAGUUCGAAUGGGAUAUGGAAUCCAACAGUUUUGUGUCGGCACGCACGGAAAUUCAGUUUUUCAGUGGGGAAUGCUGUGUACAAACCAACUUGCCACUACCAAGAAACCAGGACGUUUACUAUUGGGAGGCCAAAAUGUUUGAAAAACCAACGACAACUACAGUUGCAGUUGGUGUAGCAACAAAGCCUUAUCCACACUUUAGGUUGCCAGGUUGGAAUCGGCACUCGAUUGCAUUUUUCAGUGACACUGGCUAUAAACACUUCAAUAAUCCUUUUCAAGGCAAACCGUAUGGAGCAACAUUUGAAGAAGGUGAUGUGGUGGGUGUUGGAUAUCGCCAUCGCUCGGGCACUGUUUUCUUUACACGGAACGGACGCAGACUAGACGAUGCAUGUGCAGGCUUGCGCUGGAACCUGUUCCCGACCAUUGGUGCAAACGGGCCCUGUCAAGUGCAUGUCAAUCUUGGACAAAUGGGUUUCGUAUUUGUUGAAGCAAAUGUCAAAAAGUGGGGACUGGCACCGGCGCAUGGUACCUUGGCACCUCCUCCAGCGUAUGGGCUUGAAGCAGGAUCUUUGUUGCUGGAAAGAGGUACGGCAGCUGCGUCCGCUGCUGGCUUAGGAGGUGCUGGUGGCGAUGCAGAUGCUGUACCAACCCCUCCGAACGCACCAAUCUUUAGCAGCAGUAGAACGCGCAAUGUCAAUCGUGACUAUGACGAAGACGACGAUGAACAGCCACUGAUACAAAUCGAUAUACCACGAAACGGCAACCGUUAUCCAGCCCAAUCUCCCCCCGAGUAUUCCACGUUUCCUCGCUCAUCUGCCAUCCCUCCCGCUCUUGCGCGCUACGCUAGCGAUACCGAUACAGAAGACGGUAUAUCUGCAAGUAGCUCAAGCGACAGCAGCAACAACAGUAACAGUUCUAGCGGAAUUGGUGCUGGCCAAAAUAUGAACCGUGGAUCACUACUUGACUGAGAUACCCUUCCUUUCUUAUGCUUUGUAAAUACGAUCAAUAACAUUUAUUUGUACUCCUCUUUUAGCUCGACUUCUUCUCUCUCUACUACUUAAUCGAAUCAUUGUCCCCACUCCACUCUCCCACCUUUUCAUUAAAUGAAAAUAUGUUGCAUUUUCCUUGUGUUUUUUUAUUGUUGAGUGGAUCAAGUGGCA